UCUUUUUUAUUAUAUCUACACCAUUUUUUGCACAAUCUGGCCUUGUCAGUGUAAUGUGAUAAAGAUUCUACUCUAUUCUAUUUUACCAUGGCACUUCAUUGGCAUUAUGGAUGUGACAAAAACUUCAUUUUCCAUGGAAUUCCACCUUGUGCUUCUAAAAUAAUGCUAAGUUGCUGCAUAGCCCAAUAGGUGGAAUAUACAUAGAGUAUUUACAAAUUGAACAGAUAAGGUUAUUUCAUGUUUAUUUCGGGGUAACACUUGUACUAUUCUCACUUGUUUCAGCCUGAUGCAGACCUCAGUUAUGAGGUGCCCAUUGUCCUGAGUGAGGCUGAUGAGAGCUGGGCAGGAGAGAGGAGGCACAGACCAAGGAAAAGAAAAGCAAAAGCGAGAAGGACAAGAGGAAGAGAGCGUGCAGGCCUUGAUGCAGGAGACACAGAGCAGAGAGAAGAAGGAGAGAGACCAGGAGGAUGAGAUGGACCAGGUGGCAGAGUCCAAAGAGCAGGAAGAGAAAGUGCAGGUCCUGUUUCAGGUGGUAGAGGCCAGAGAUGUGCAAGAGCAGGAAAUAAUGCAGGUUCCAGUGCUGGAGGUGGAGGAAGAUGGAGGAGAGGGAGAGGAGGCAGAGAUGCAGUGGAGGAGGACAGAAUUCAGGUUCUCCAAAAUGAGAGAAGGAUACAGACAGAGGCGCUCAUUCAGCAGAUGAGUGAGGUGGAGCUACAACAAUUAACAACCCAGCUCUUCACCCGGGAACCUGGAUUAGUUUUCGAUUCCCUAAUUUCAUUCCAAGGCACAUCCACUCUCCCACCUGCCACUGCUCUUCCAUGGUGC